AUCUGUUCAAGUUAGCGCAAGCGAACAGUCUCUUUCCCACACAAAGACAAGACGACACACUUUGAGAGAGAUGGAAGAGUUGAAACCGAAGCCGGCAAAUUCAUCACCUCUAACCCCAAUAGGCUUCCUGGAUAGAGCAGCUGCUGUCUACGGCGAUUGUCCUUCUGUCGUCUACAACGACACCACCUACACUUGGUUCCAGACCCACCGCCGAUGUCUCCAAUUAGCCUCGUCUCUCUCUUCCCUCGGCAUCAAGAGCGGCCACGUUGUCUCCGUUCUGGCUCCGAACCUCCCCGCCAUGUACGAGCUCCACUUCGCCGUACCCAUGGCCGGCGCCAUCCUCAACACUAUCAACACCCGUCUUGAUGCCCGCAUGGUUUCCAUCAUUCUCCGUCAUGGCGAAUCAAAGCUCGUCUUCGUUGACCACCUCUGUCGCAAUCUUGCUGUGGAAGCCCUCUCUUUGUUCCCACCACACGUCCAGCGCCCAGUUCUUAUCCUCAUUACGGAUGACGAGGUCUCACUGACAGUACCAUCAUCGUCGUCGGCCGAUCAUUUCCUUGCCACUUACGAAGGAGUAGUAGAGAAAGGCGAUCCUGAGUUCAAGUGGGUCCGCCCGAAGAGCGAGUGGGACCCCAUGGUUUUGAACUACACUUCCGGUACAACCUCCUCUCCUAAAGGUGUGGUACACUGCCACAGGGGAGUAUUCAUCGUAGCUCUUGAUGCCCUCAUAGACUGGCCUGUACCAAAACAUCCUGUUUACUUAUGGACCCUACCGAUGUUUCACGCUAAUGGCUGGAGCUUCCCUUGGGGCAUGGCAGCUGUUGGUGGAACCAACGUCUGCCUCCGUAAAUUCGACUGUCACACAAUCUACCGCCUCAUUGAAAGACACGGCGUGACUCACAUGUGUGGUGCUCCUGUGGUGCUCAACAUGCUAUCCAACUCUUCUGAUUACAAUAAGCGAUCGCUCAGAAAACCCGUUCAUAUCCUCACAGCCGGGGCUCCACCACCGGCGAGUGUACUGCUUAAAACCGAGUCAGUGGGUUUUUCAGUGAGUCACGGUUACGGGUUGACUGAAACGUGUGGUAUCGUGGUGUCAUGCGCCUGGAAACCACAAUGGAACAGGUUUCCUGCGUCGGAGAGAGCUAGGCUAAAGGCAAGACAAGGAGUGAGGACGGUGGGGAUGACUGAAGUGGACGUAGUGGAUGCGGAGUCAGGAGAGAGUGUGAAACGAGACGGGUUAACACCCGGUGAAGUCGUACUAAGAGGCGGGUGUGUGAUGCUGGGUUAUCUCAAAGAUCCGGAGGGGACCUCCAAGUGCAUGAGAGACAAUGGUUGGUUUUACACUGGGGACGUGGGAGUCAUGCACCCAGAUGGUUAUUUGGAGAUCAGGGAUCGGUCAAAGGAUGUGAUCAUAAGCGGUGGAGAGAAUUUGAGCAGCGUGGAGGUGGAGUCGGUGCUGUAUUCGCAUCCGGCGGUUAACGAGGCGGCCGUAGUGGGUCGGCCGGAUGAGUUCUGGGGAGAGACGCCUUGUGCGUUUGUGAGCUUGAAGGAUGAUGCUAGGAUGGCAACUGAGAAAGAGAUCAUAGAAUUUUGUAGGGCUAAGUUGCCACACUACAUGGUGCCCAAGACGGUGGUGUUCAGGGAUGAUUUGCCCAAGACUUCUACCGGGAAGAUCCAGAAGUUUGUGCUCAGAGAUCAGAUUGCCAAGAGCAUGGGAUCUUCAAGAGCUAGUCGGAUGUAGUAGUCACAGUAUCGCAUGAUCCUUGUCUAGAUUUACCCAGGCUCCAGUUCUUGUUAAUUCUCACGUUGUAAGGGAACAGUGAUAAUAGC